GUGCGUGCAGGUGCAGCUUGUCUCUCUUUCUUUCUUUCUUUCUUUCUUUCUUUCUUCACUUACAAUCCAAUUCUCAUGGUAGUUGAUUGUUGAACGCGUUACAGUUCCACCAAACUCACCCUCCAUCCGGAGAUUCUUCCAACACACAAAGAGAACCUCAAUCUUCAUCAUUUUCACAUAAUGAUUCCAACCAUUCAUUGAAUUCAUGUUUAGUUUUGUUUGACUUUUUUUUUCCUCCAAUGGCUGCUGCUACUACAAACUCAGCACCAUUCCUCUCACGUUGGCGAUCUUCUUCUUCUUCUUCUCGUUGUUCCUUGACACCCCAUUUGAGCUUUGUGAGUUUUAAGAAGGCCCAUUUGGGAUUUGAGUCCAAAAUCUCAUCAAAAGGCUUGGAAUGUUGGAAGGGAAGAAGCAGAGGAAAAAUAGAGCAUUGGAGUGUGAGGUGCUGCACUGCAGAAGGAAUCAAUGGGGAAAUGUUUGUGGGAAGGAGAGGUAGUAGAGAAGAUGGUGUUGUUAGCAAUUAUCAUAUCCCAGAGAGGUUCAAGGUGGUGUGUUUGGUGGCAUGUGUUAUGUGCCUCUGUAAUGCUGACCGUGUUGUUAUGUCUGUGGCUGUUGUUCCUUUGGCUGCAAAACAUGCUUGGUCCACUUCUUUCCUUGGCAUUGUUCAGUCAUCAUUCCUUUGGGGCUACAUAUUCUCUUCAGUGAUAGGAGGAGCUCUGGUGGAUAGAUUUGGAGGAAAGAGGGUGAUGGCUUGGGGUGUAUUUUUUUGGUCUCUGGCAACUCUGCUUACACCUUUGGCUGCCAACCACUCCACAAUGGGGUUGUUGGUGGUUCGUGCUUUCUUUGGACUAGCUGAAGGAGUGGCUCUUCCAUCCAUGACCACUCUUUUAUCAAGGUGGUUUCCAAGUAAUGAGAGGGCAAGUGCAGUUGGAAUCUCAAUGGCUGGAUUUCAUAUGGGCAAUGUCAUAGGCUUGUUGCUGACACCAGUUAUGUUGUCCACUACUGGAAUUUCUGGUCCUUUUAUAUUAUUCUCAUCUCUUGGGCUGCUCUGGGUGAUGACAUGGGCCUAUCGGGUUACCGAUGAUCCUCUAGAAAGUAAUUUCAUCAGCAGAUCAGAACUAAGAGUAAUCCAAGCUGGAAAAACUGGUUCUCCUAAGAAAAGAAAUAAAUUUCCUCCACUAGGUCUUCUGUUAUCAAAACUACCAUCAUGGGCUAUAAUAUUUGCCAAUGCAACUAACAAUUGGGGCUACUUUGUUCUCCUCUCAUGGAUGCCAGUUUAUUUCAAAAGUGUAUAUAAUGUGAACUUGAAGCAGGCAGCUUGGUUCAGUGCAAUUCCAUGGGCAACAAUGGCCAUUUCAGGUUAUCUAGCUGGUGCUUCAUCAGAUUUCUUAAUCAAUGCAGGGUACCCCACAACAUUUGUCCGUAAGUUUAUGCAGACCAUUGGAUUCAUGGGACCAGCAGGGGCCUUGCUUUGCUUGAAUUAUGCCAAAACACCUGCAAUUGCAGCUACACUCUUGACUGCAGCUUUAAGCUUGAGUUCUUUUAGCCAGGCUGGCUUUAUGCUCAACAUACAAGACAUUGCUCCACAGUAUGCAGGAAUUCUACAUGGAAUAUCAAAUUCGGCUGGAACUUUAGCAGCUAUCAUAAGCACAAUUGGAACUGGUUAUUUUGUGCACUGGCUGGGAUCAUUUCAGGCAUUCUUAACUGUAACAGCAGUUCUCUAUGUUGUGACAACCAUUUUUUGGAAUCUUUUUGCGACAGGCGAGCAAGUUUUAUGACCUCAUCCCAUCCAAAGUUCCCCACACCUUGAGUUUCUUAUCAACAAAAGUACGGGAAAUCGUAAAUUUCAAAUUUUUGUUGUCUUCUAUAGAAAUGAUUGAAAAGCAUUUUUUUGCCCCACUAGUUUCUUUCGUAAAUCGUAUGUGAGAUAGCAUUUAUGAGGGUUUGUUUGUAAAUCUUUUUACAAUUGAUUUUAAAGUCAAAAUUAAUUUAAGGGGAAGUUUUUGUGAGUAGUUUUUUCA